AUGGAGCGAAAAGUCCUAAAUACCCUCGUCUUCUCCGUCGCCGUUCUUCUCUCCAUCACCGUCGCUUCUUCUUCUUCACAAUACCAAACACUCGUCGUCAACACUCUCCCUUCUUCACCAACCCUCUCAUGGCCUGAAGAAUCCGAAUCCAACUCUCUAUCCGAAUCCACAACUUCACUCUCCGUUCAUUUAUCACACGUCGAUGCACUCUCUUCCUUCUCCGACGCAUCUCCGUCGGAACUUUUCAAUCUCCGUCUCCGACGAGACUCACUCCGAGUCAAAUCCAUAACCAGCCUCGCCGCUGUCUCCACCGGCCGGAACAUCACCAGAAAAAGAACUCCACGCUCCUCCGCCGGUGGAUUUAGCGGCGCUGUUAUCUCCGGUCUCUCACAAGGAAGCGGAGAGUAUUUCAUGCGGUUAGGUGUCGGAACUCCGGCGACUAACGCUUACAUGGUGCUCGACACAGGAAGCGACGUCGUUUGGCUUCAAUGCUCUCCUUGUAAAGUAUGUUAUAACCAAUCCGACCCGGUUUUCGACCCGAAAAGAUCCAAAUCUUACGCAACCGUCGCUUGUGGGUCCCGUCUUUGUCGGAGAUUAGACGACUCGUCGGAAUGUGUUACACGGCGAAGCAAGUCUUGUCUUUAUCAAGUUUCUUACGGUGACGGAUCUUUCACCGUCGGUGAUUUCUCAACCGAAACGUUGUCGUUUCAAGGUGCACGUCUUGAUCACGUGGCGUUAGGUUGUGGUCACGAUAACGAAGGCUUGUUCGUUGGUGCAGCUGGGCUUUUGGGCUUGGGCCGUGGUGGGUUAUCGUUUCCGUCUCAGACGAAAAACCGUUAUAGCGGGAAAUUCUCUUACUGUUUAGUUGACCGGACUUCCUCCGGUUCUUCUUCUAAACCGCCGUCAACUAUCGUAUUCGGAAACGACGCCGUUCCGAAAACCGCCGUUUUCACGCCGUUAGUGACGAAUCCGAAACUCGACACGUUUUACUAUUUGCAGCUACUUGGAAUCAGCGUUGGCGGAUCGCGCGUUCCCGGCGUUUCGGAAUCGCAGUUUAAGCUUGACGCCGCCGGGAACGGCGGAGUUAUCAUCGAUUCCGGUACUUCGGUUACGAGGCUGACGCAAUCUGCUUACGUGGCGCUUAGAGACGCGUUUCGUUUGGGAGCGGCGAAGCUAAAACGUGCUCCCUCGUAUUCUCUGUUCGACACGUGUUACGAUCUUACCGGAAUGACGACGGUGAAAGUUCCGACGGUUGUGUUUCAUUUCGGAGGCGGAGAGGUUUCGCUUCCGGCGAGUAAUUAUCUGAUUCCGGUGAACACUCAAGGACGGUUCUGUUUUGCGUUCGCCGGAACUAUGGGGAGUUUGUCGAUAAUUGGAAACAUACAGCAACAAGGCUACCGGGUCGCUUAUGAUUUGGUCGGGUCACGGGUCGGGUUUUUGUCUCGCGCGUGUUAG